AUGGCGUCCCUGGAGGCGGAGAAGACCGAGCUGAGGGAGGAGGGGGUUAUCCAGGCCGCAACCGAGCUGCAGCAAGACCCCGAGUCCAAGGUCAACCCCGACACCGUCGAGCAGACUCUAGUCGAUGAGUCGCGUAAGGCUGGCGCCGCUGCAUAUCAAUUCGAUCCGGAUGCCUCUCCAGACGAUAAAGCGGCUGCCGCCGAGGCUAGGGUACCACCCGGAUUCCACCACACUAAAAAGCCCAAGGGAAUCUCAGUAAUUACAGACAGAGAUGACGGCAAAGCAGAUUACGACCUUCCUCCCCCAAAAUCUGCGACCGCACUCAUCGCCGAAGAUGCCAAUGCUACCGACGCCAAACCCGGUGCCGAUGACGACAUGCGAUGGGCGCGCGACCGCACCGGUUGGGAACCCAAGUUCCACAAAGAGCGAACGGAAGAAGAAGAUGCCGAGGGCACACUACUAGACCACCAAACCUUCCUCGAGGGCCGACUCCCCGAAAAGUUCUUCGGCGAUUGGUAUCACAAUGCCGGAAUCAUCAUCUUUGCCUGUCUGAGCUCCUGGCUGAUCGCGGCCUUGGGCGGUGGUGUUGGCUGGGUGCUACUGGUCAUGGCUGCUUGCAGUACCUACUAUCGCACUUCCAUCCGUCGAGUGCGCCGCAAUUUCCGCGACGAUAUCAGCCGCGAGAUGUCCAAGGCUCGUCUCGAGACCGAUAACGAGAGUCUCGAGUGGAUCAACAGCUUCCUGGUGAAAUUUUGGCCCAUCUAUGCUCCUGUUCUCUGUGAUACUAUCAUCAACUCUGUUGAUCAGGUUCUGAGUACCUCGACCCCCGCUUUUCUCGAUAGCCUGCGCCUGAAGACCUUUGUCCUGGGUACGAAGCCCCCGCGUUUGGAGCAUGUCAAGACUUACCCCAAGACUGAGCCCGACACCGUCAUCAUGGAUUGGAAGUUUAGCUUCACUCCAAACGAUGUGAUGGAUUUGACCGCUCGUCAGCUGAAGGACAAGAUCAACCCCAAGAUUGUCCUCGAAGUCCGUCUCGGAAAGGGUCUUGUUAGCAAAGGUCUGGACGUCAUUGUCGAGGACAUGGCUUGCUCCGGUUUAAUGCGCGUCAAGGUCAAGCUGCAGAUUCCCUUCCCCCACAUUGAACGUGUUGAUGUCUGCUUCCUGGAUAAGCCCGAGCUCGACUACGUUUGCAAGCCCCUCGGUGGUGACCACCUUGGAUUUGAUAUCAACUUCAUCCCCGGCCUCGAGACCUUCAUCAAGGAGCAGAUUCACAACAACCUUCAGCCCAUGAUGUACGACCCCAACGUUUUCCCCAUCGAAAUCGCCAAGAUGCUGGCAGGAAACCCCGUCGAUCAAGCCAUUGGUGUUGUUGCGGUUACGCUGCACGGUGCUCAACAACUGAAGAACCCCGACAAGUUCUCCGGUACCCCCGACCCGUACGCCGUCGUCUCAUUGAACAACCGCAAGGAAUUGGGUCGCACCAAGAUUAUCCACGAUACCGACAGCCCGCGCUGGAACGAGACUAUCUACGUCAUCAUCACUUCUUUCUCCGAUGCCCUCACCAUCACCCCGUACGAUUGGAACGAGUACCGCAAGGACAAGGAACUUGGAACCGCGUCCUUUGGAUUGGACAAGCUUGAACAAGAGCCCUCUCACGAAGGUAUCUACCUCGAGGUUACGGCCAGUGGUCGUCACCGCGGCGCGGUUCAGGCCGAUAUUCGAUUCUUCCCUGUUUUGGAGGGUCGCAAGCUCGAGUCUGGAGAGCUGGAGCCCCCACCAGAGGUGAACACCGGUAUUGCUCAAUUUACCGUCGAGCAGGCCAAGGAUCUGGAUGGCAGCAAGAGUCUGGUCGGCAAGCUGAACCCAUACGGUGUGCUGCUUCUGAACGGAAAGGAAAUUCACAUCACCAACAAGCUGAAGCGAACCAACAACCCUAUUUUCCAGAACGCUUCUAAGGAGUUCCUCGUUACUGAUCGCAAGACCGCUCGCCUGGGUCUCAUCAUCAAGGAUGACCGCGACCUCAUGGCAGACCCCAUCAUUGGCCGCUACCAGAUCAAGAUGAACGAUAUGAUCAAGAUGAUGGAGCAGGGCAAGGAUUGGUUUCACCUGCACGGUGCUGGCGGCGGACGUGCCAAGCUGCAACUACAGUGGAAGCCCGUCGCCCUCGGCGCCGUCGCGGGAGGUGCUGGAUACGUUGAUCCCAUCGGUGUCAUGCGUUUCCACUUCAAGAAUGCCACCGAUCUUCGCAACCUGGAGGCCAUGGGCAAGUCGGAUCCCUACGCUCGUAUUUUGCUUUCUGGUAUUACCCGGGGUCGCACUGUGACCUUCCGCAACAACCUGAACCCCGACUGGGACGAGGUCGUGUACGUCCCCAUUCGCAGCCCUCGCGAGAAGCUCUCGAUUGAGGUUAUGGACGAGGAGACCAUCAACAAGGACCGAAGUCUUGGCUGGGUAGAGCUCAAGGCCUCCGACUUUGUUCGUGAGACUGAGACCGCGGGCGAGUACGAAAUCGACAACGAGAAGCAGCUCAUCAGCAGCGGUCUGCGCAUGGGCAAGGGUGGUGUUAAGGGCCACAUCAACUACACCGUCUCUUUCUUCCCUGCUGUGCCUGUCGUCAACCCUGACGAUGAGGUUGAGGAGGAAGCAGCAGAGGGUGAGGACGUUGCUAACCUUGACACCCCCGGUACCCCGAUCCGCAAGAGCAUGCACUCGAAGUCUGCAAGCGUGGACUCGAAGGCUUCUAAGAUUUCCAAGUCAAAUGGCGUUGCGACCAAUGGUGCCGCCACCAAUGGUGAGGCGACUGCCAACGGCCGUCCCAGUCUUGAGACUAACAACUCUCGGCCCGUGACAACCACCUCAGAGACCGCCUCUGUCCGAUCGAUCAAGAGCAUCCCCAGGACUUACAUUGCUGCGGAAGACCUUGCCACCUACGAGUCCGGUUUCAUUGUGUUCAAGUUCCACGAGGGCAAGCUUGCGCAUUCCAAUGUGCAGCUGGAGGUCGUUAUGGACGACUACAUGUUCCCUGCCUAUGUCUCUCCCAAGAUCCACUCCAAUACUCUCACGUCUUCUGAUAUCGGCGAGGCCUUUGUGCGAGAGCUUGAGUUCUCGAAGAUUACCCUGCGUUUGGUCAAUAAGGAUGAUCCGAAGGAUUCGAGCGAGGAGCACACUGUUGCUAAGUUGACUGGUGAUACUCUGCCCACGCUUCAGCGCAUCCUGUACAAUCCCACCGAGCUUGUUCUUCCCGCUACAAAUGGCGAGUCUAGCAAGGUCACUGUUAGCGCUCGGUACAUCCCAGUUCAGAUGAAGCUUGACCCCAGGGAGAGCAUCAACAACAUGGGCACCCUCCGCGUCAAGGUCAUGGAUGCCGCCGACCUCCCCUCAGCCGACCGCAACGGCUUCAGUGACCCGUACUGCAAGUUCCGCAUCGGCGAUGAUGGUGAGGUAAUUUACAAGACCAAAGUCCAGAAGAAGACACUCCAUCCCGCCUGGAACGAAUACUUCGAGACUCCGAUCAAGACUCGCAUCGGCGCCGACUUCCACGUCGACGUGUACGACUGGGACUUUGGUGACAAGGCCGAUUUCCUCGGCGCUGCACAUAUCGAUCUCGAAAGCCUAACGCCCUUCGAGCCCGCCGACAUGCACCUCCCUUUGAACGGCAAAUCAGGCGCAAUCCACCUAAACCUCCUCUUCAAGCCAAGCUACGUUGUCCGCUCCCGCCAAGGCUCCUCAACCUUCUCCGGUACCUUCGCCGUACCCGGCAAGAUUGUCGGCGCCCCAGUCAAGGGCGUAGGCUUCGUCGGCGGCAACGUUGUCCGCGGUGCAUCCUUCCUCAAGCACGCACCCUUGACGAAGACGAAACUCCCACCGAUCGCGGUCUCAGCCCCGCCACCGCCCUCACAGACAACAAUCAAGCCUCCAAUGGCACCCACUCGCCGACCCCCCUCAACCCCUCAAAAAGAACACAGCCGCAACCGCAGCACAGCAUCCGCCUUCGGCGACCGUCUCAGCAUCAUCGGCGGCAGCACGACAGGUGGCAGCGGUGACACCGGCACAGCAAAUAUAACAGUCGCCAACGCAACAGGCUUCCCAGGCAACGCCCACGUCCGGGUAAUCAUCAAAGCCCAAGGCAGCAAGAACGGCAAAGAAUUCAAGACAAAGGCCGUAAAGACUUCCUCCGGUAUCGUCCAGUACCAGGAAACGUUCAAAAUCACCCACACCACCGCGGACACGCAGUAUCAAAUCCGAGUCGUGGACCACUCGACUUUCGGCUCGGAUACUGUCCUCGGUGACGCGCCUUAUUUCGUCGCGAACCAGGGCUCCGAGGAGAAUGUUGAAAAGGCUUUCCCGGUUGGUGAGGGGUCUGUUACCCUGCGGUCGAGUUUUGUUCCUGCGGAUGUUGGCGCGGGGAACCUUAGGCCUACGACUAGUCAUUCUACGACUGGUGCAGGAUUGGAGGAUGGGUCUGAGAGUCCUGAUUCGAGGAAAUUGCCCAGGCGUAGCUUUUUGAGUAAGCGUCAGCCUAGUACCGGUGGGCAGUGA